AUGUCUCGCAGACGGUUGAAGAAGACAAAUCUUUUUCACAAAGAUAUUAACUCUUUACUGUACGCAUACGGUGACGUCGCGCAACCAUUAAACAAAACUGUUCAAUGCCUGGACGAGCUGGUCUCUUCUUAUCUGGUUGACAUAUGUGCUGAGGCUGCGCAUGUUGCUAAUUCCUCCAGUAGAAAUAAGAUACGGCUUGAGGAUUUCAAAUUUGUUUUGAGAAAGGAUCCCAUUAAAUUAGCUAGAGCAGAAGAAUUAAUAUCGACCAAUGCAUUGAUUACCGAAGCUAAGAAGCAAUUCAAUGAGAAUGAAAAUCAAAAUCUAAAGAGAUAUAAAGAGGAUGAAGACGAUGAUGAUGAUGAAGACGACGAUGAAGACGACGAUGAAGAUUCCAAGCCAAAAGAAGCGCCGGUAACUGUCGAGACUCAAGAGUCCACUGUGCCGGUCAAAGAGAAGAAAAAGAGAACCAAGAAAGCUAAAGUAAAGUCUUGA